CCAAAUGUGAGUUGUGAGCACAACGCGGCGACUAAUUCUCCAAAAUCAAGCUGCCUGCCUGCAUUCAUUCAUCAUCUCCUACUACGUCGCUGCAUAAUUCAACACGAAAGUAAAAUUGGUUGGAUGGGAAUAUCUCUAUUUGAUUAGAUUAAAAUAAACCCUAAUAAAAGGAAUUGAGUGAGAGAAUAUAUGGGGAAUGGAACUUUGGUGGAUGGUGUUCGUCGAUGGUUUCAACGUCGUUCUAACAAUAGUUCCAAAUUAGAUGAUUCUCAUUCUAAUCAAUUCGGACAACUGUCUAUUAAUUCCGAUUUUUCCGCUUCUAAUGAUUCUAAUCAUCAACAAGAUUUCAAUAUUCAAACUGAUUUUGACAUUUCUGGAUUGAAGCUUAUCAAAGUUCCUAAGCGUAUUCAUUUUUCUCGUUUUCUUCCUCCAAUGGAUUCUCACAAGAAGACUGCAUUGGAAAAUGAGUUCUUCACAGAGUAUGGAGAGGCAAGUCGAUACCAAGUUCAGGAGAUUAUUGGGAAAGGAAGUUACGGUGUUGUUGGGUCAGCAGUUGAUACUCAUACAGGAGAGAAGGUAGCUAUUAAGAAGAUCAAUGAUGUUUUCGAGCAUGUCUCAGAUGCCACCAGAAUACUGAGAGAAAUUAAGCUCCUAAGGUUACUUCGUCAUCCAGACAUUGUAGAGAUAAAGCACAUUAUGCUCCCCCCUUCAAGAAGAGAAUUUAAAGACAUAUAUGUAGUUUUCGAGCUGAUGGAAUCUGAUCUGCAUCAAGUCAUAAAAGCGAAUGAUGAUCUGACUCCUGAACACUAUCAAUUUUUCUUGUAUCAGCUUUUACGUGGGCUCAAAUAUAUACAUACAGCAAAUGUUUUUCAUCGAGAUCUAAAGCCUAAAAAUAUCCUUGCUAAUGCGGACUGCAAGCUGAAGAUAUGCGACUUUGGCCUUGCUCGUGUCUCAUUUAAUGAUGCUCCAUCUGCUAUUUUCUGGACGGACUAUGUUGCAACAAGAUGGUAUCGCGCUCCAGAACUCUGUGGCUCCUUUUUCUCCAAGUAUACACCGGCAAUAGAUAUGUGGAGCAUAGGAUGUAUAUUUGCAGAAAUGCUCACUGGAAAACCAUUAUUUCCUGGGAAAAAUGUGGUGCAUCAGUUGGACCUCAUGACAGAUCUUCUGGGUACCCCUGCACCUGAAGCCAUUGCAAGGAUAAGAAACGAGAAGGCAAGAAGAUAUUUGGCUAGCAUGAGGAAAAAGCCACCAAUUCCAUUCUCCCAAAAAUUUCCCACUGUUGAUCCACUUGCUCUCCGCCUGUUAGAGCGCCUUCUAGCAUUUGAUCCCAAAGACCGCCCAACUGCUGAAGAGGCAUUAGCUGAUCCAUACUUUUAUGGCUUGUCAAAUGUGGAGCGUGAGCCUACCACUAUUCCCAUUUCAAAACUGGAAUUUGAAUUUGAAAGAAGGAAAUUGACGAAAGAUGAUGUUAGAGAGCUAAUUUAUAGAGAGAUACUGGAGUACCAUCCGCAGAUGCUUCAGGAAUAUCUUCGUGGCCAAGAUCAGACUAGCUUCAUGUAUCCUAGCGGAGUUGAUCGAUUUAAGAGACAGUUCGCCCACCUUGAGGAACACGUGGGUAAAGGUGAAAGAGGUUCGCCACUCCAGAGGCAACAUGCCUCCUUGCCAAGGGAGCGAGUUCCUGCACCUAAAGAUGAUGCAACUGAAAACAAUGAGUUGGAAAACCCUCGGCCUGUUGUUGAAAGCCCUCCAGCCGAGGGAUCCGAAAAUGAAUUGCCACAAAAUGGUGUAAAUAAAUCAAAUUAUAGUGCUCGCAGCUUAUUAAAGAGUGCCAGUAUAAGUGGUUCCAAAUGUAUUGGGGUGCAAUCCAGAAGAGAACCUGAGGUACCAUCAUUAAUGUGUCUUCCUUAACAUUUUAAUGUUUUUCAUUCUGCUUUAUCGCUCUUGUUGUUGCAAGUAUAUUCUAUUAGAGAACUUGGAAUACCAAUUUUUCAAACUAUUUUCAGGAAGAACCAAUACAAGAAUAGAACGACGUAGGCGAUAAAGGGCGCGCCAAUAACGGCACAGUUUUCCAUACCUAAAUAUGCUGGUGGACAACACCAGGGUCGGUUGCUGUUCACUGCGGAAAUUUCAGACCUCUCGACUUUCCGAAUGAAAAUCCGUCUGGAAUACAUUGUUGUCAUAAAGUUUAAGGAUCCCUUUGGGCUCCAAGUAGAAAGACAUGCUAGUUUCACUUUUCACCAUUUGUUGUAUCAUCAACAAUUCACAUCCAAAAGUCUUUGAGAACAUUAUCUGCAGAGCAGUUAUUUAUUCUUCUUUUAAUUUUAUAUUUAAAUAUGUAGAAGUUUAUAUGUACUUGCAUUUUUGAAAAUUUUCUUUUGAGAUCAAGGAAUCAUGUAUAUUAUUUUCUUGGGGCA